GGAGCGGGAGCGGGGCCGUGCCGGGAGCGGGGCCGUGCCGGGGAACAGGGCUGUACCGGGGAGCGGGACCGUGCCGGGGCCAUGUCGGCGCGGACGCUGCCGCUGCUGUUCCUGAACCUGGGCGGGGAGAUGCUCUACAUCCUGGACCAGCGGCUGCGCGCCCAGAGCAUCCCCGGAGAGAAGGCGCGCAAAGUUAUGAACGACAUCAUCACCACCAUGUUCAACAAAAAAUUCAUGGAGGAGCUGUUCAAACCCCAGGAUCUGUACUCCAAGAAAGCUCUGCGCACCGUGUACGACCGGCUGGCUCACGCCUCCAUCAUGAGACUGAACCAGGCCAGCAUGGACAAGCUCUACGACCUCAUGACCAUGGCCUUCAAGUACCAAGUGCUGCUGUGCCCUCGGCCCAGGGACAUUCUGCUGGUCACAUUCAACCACCUGGAUGCCAUCAAGGAUUUCAUCUCUGACUCCCCUGGCAUUCUGAACCAGGUGGACGAGACCUUCCGGCGGCUCAUUGAAACCUACAACUGUCUCUCUGAUGGUGAAUUCCAGCUCAUCAGGCAAACACUUCUCAUUUUCUUCCAGGACAUGCACAUCAGGGUCUCCCUCUUCCUGAAGGAUAAAGUGCAAAACUCGAAUGGUCACUUCGUGCUGCCAAUCUCAGGGCCUGUCCCAUGGGGCACAGAGGUGCCAGGGCUCAUCAGGAUAUUCAAUCACAAAGGAGUGGAAGUUAAAAGAGCUGAGUUUACCACUGCUGGGAAUUAUGUUACUCCACAAAGGGAAGGAUCAUUUGAGCUUUAUGGAGACAGAGUCCUCAAACUUGGAACAAAUAUGUACAGUGUGACCAGGCCAGUGGAGACACACAUGUCAGGAUCAUCCAAAACCCUGGCAUCCCAGGCAAAGGAGAACAUAGCCCCUAACCCUCUUGCUAAAGAAGAGCUGAACUUUCUGGCCCGGCUGCUGGGAGGUUUGGACAUCCAGAAACCUGCUGGUGGCGAGACGGGAUUUCGGCUGAAUUUGUUCACAAGUGAUGAGGAGGAAGAACACGCUGCACAGACCAGACCAGAGGAGUUGUCCUACAAGGUUAUCAACAUUGAAGCCACACAGGAGCCGGGCCGGAGGGCGGAGCUGUCCCGGAUCCUGGGCGAGCUGGAGGUGGAGGAGCCGCGCCCGGGCAGCGCCGAGAAGGGCGAGGACCUGCUGGCACUGAUGGACGGGCUCUGAGCGGGACACGGGGACAGCAGGACACGGGGACAGCGGGACACACGGACAGCGGGACACGGGGACAGCAGGACACACGGACAGCAGGACAUACACAGAAUUCACACACAGAAUCACCGGGCUGGAAGAGACCUUCAAGAUCCUAGAGUCCAGGCCAGCCCUUACACCUCAACUAGACCAUGGCACCCAGUGCCACAUCCAGACUUUUUGUAAACACAUCCAGGGAUGGCGACUCCACCACCUCCCUGGGAAGACAAUUCCAGUACUUUAUCACUCUUUACAUGAAAAACUUUUUCCUAAUAUCCAACUUGUAUUUCCUCUGGUGCAGCUUUAGGCUGUGUCCUCUCAUUCUGUCAGUGCUGCCUGGAGAAAGAGACCAACCCCACCUGACCACAGCCACCUUUCAGGGAGUUACAGAGAGUGAUCAGGUCACCCCUGAGUCUCCUUUUCUCCAGGCUGAACACCCCCAGCUCCCUCAGCCAUUCCUCACAGGGUUUGUGUUCCCAGCCCCUCACCAGCCUCGUUGCCUCCUCUGGACACACUCAAGUGUCUCAACGUCCUCCCUGAACUGAGGGGACAGAACUGGACACAGCAGUCAAGGUGUGGCCUUGGGGACACGGGUAUACUCGGA